AUGCUCGGGGGCGCGGGCGCCGCCCGGCUCUGCCUGCUGGUGCUAGUCUUGCAGCUUCUCCGGCCGCGGGCGGCGCAGGAGCCGGGAUGGACGAGAAGAAGUGGGGAAGGUGGCCCCCAGCUGCAGCAUGAACUAAUGAUACCUCAGUGGAAGACUUCAGAAAGCCCCACGAGAGAAAAGCAUCCACUCAAAGCUGAGCUCAGGGUAAUGGCUGAGGGGCAAGAACUGAUCCUGGACCUGGAGAAGAAUGAGCAUCUUUUUGCUCCAACCUACACAGAAACCCACUAUACUCCAAGUGGCAACCCUCAAACCUCCACGCUGAACUCUGAGGAUCACUGCUUUUACCAUGGCACGGUGAGGAAGGCAGAACAGUCCAGCGUCACGCUCAGUGCCUGCCGGGGAAUUAGAGGACUGAUUAUGGUGAGCAGCAACCUCAGCUACAUCAUCGAGCCCCUCCCUGACAGCGGAGGCCAGCACCUUAUUUACAGAUCUGAACAUCUCAAGCUGCCCCCAGGGAACUGUGGGUUCCAGCACUCCAAGCCCACCACCAGGGACUGGGUCCUUCAGUUUACACACCAGACCAAGAGAAAACCUCGCAGGAUGAAAAGAGAAGAUUUACACUCCAUGAAGUACGUGGAGCUUUACCUCGUGGCUGAUUACGCAGAGUUUCAGAAGAAUCGACGGGACCAGGACGCCACCAAACACAAGCUCAUGGAGGUUGCCAACUAUGUUGAUAAGUUUUACCGAUCCUUGAACAUUCGGAUUGCUCUUGUGGGCUUGGAAGUGUGGACUCAUGGGAAUAUGUGUGAAGUUUCGGAGAAUCCGUAUUCUACCCUCUGGUCAUUUCUCAGUUGGAGGCGCAAGCUGCUCACCCACAAGAGCCAUGACAACGCACAGUUAAUCACCGGCAUGUCCUUCCACGGCACCACCAUUGGCCUGGCCCCCCUCAUGGCCAUGUGCUCCGUGUACCAAUCUGGAGGGGUCAACAUGGACCACUCUGAGAAUGCCAUCGGCGUGGCUGCCACCAUGGCCCACGAGAUGGGCCACAACUUCGGCAUGAGCCACGAUACUGCAGAUUGCUGCUCGGCCAGCGCAGCUGAUGGCGGGUGCAUCAUGGCGGCUGCCACUGGGCACCCCUUUCCCAGAGUGUUCAAUGGAUGCAACAGGAAGGAGCUGGACAGGUACCUGCAGUCAGGUGGUGGAAUGUGUCUGUCCAACAUGCCAGACACCAGAACGCUGUAUGGAGGCCGGAGGUGUGGGAACGGGUACCUGGAAGAUGGGGAAGAGUGUGACUGUGGGGAGGAAGAGGAAUGUGACAACCCCUGCUGCAACGCCUCUAAUUGCACCCUGAGGGGAGGGGCGGAGUGUGCCCACGGCUCCUGCUGCCACCAGUGUAAGUUGCUGCCUCCUGGCACCCUGUGCCGCGAGCAGGCGCGGCAGUGUGACCUCCCAGAAUUCUGCACAGGCAAGUCUCCCCACUGCCCCACCAACUUCUACCAGAUGGACGGCACCCCUUGUGAGGGUGGCCAGGCCUACUGCUACAACGGCAUGUGCCUCACCUACCAGGAGCAGUGCCAGCAGCUGUGGGGGCCCGGAGCCAGGCCUGCCCCUGAUCUCUGCUUUGAGAUGGUGAAUGUAGCAGGAGACGCCUUUGGAAACUGUGGAAAGGACAUGAAUGGUGUAUACAAGGAGUGCAACUUGAGAGAUGCCAAGUGUGGGAAGAUCCAAUGUCAGACCUCUGAGAUGCGGCCUCUGGAGUCCAAUGCGGUGCCCAUCAACACUGACAUCAUGAUGAAUGGGAAGCAGAUCAAAUGCCGGGGCACUCAUGUCUACCGAAGUCCUGAGGAGGAGGGUGACAUGCUGGACCCAGGCCUGGUCAUGACUGGGACCAAGUGUGGCUACAACCAUAUUUGCUUCGAGGGGCAGUGCAGGAACACCUCCUUCUUUGAAACUGAAGGCUGCGGGAAGAAGUGCAAUGGCCAUGGGGUCUGCAACAACAACCAGAACUGCCACUGCCUGCGGGGCUGGGCCCCUCCCUUCUGCAACACGUCUGGCCCAGGGGGCAGCAUCGACAGCGGGCCCAUGCCCCCCGACAGUGUUGGACCUGUGAUCGCUGGUGUGUUCACAGCCAUCUUUGUGCUGGUGGCCCUUAUGCUGGUGUACUACUGCUGUAAACAGAACAACAAACUGGGCCAACUCAAGCCCUCGACCCUCCCUUCCAAGUUGAGACAGCAGUUCAGCUGUCCUUUCAGGGUGUCUCAGAACAGUGGAACUGGCCAUGCCAACCCUACUUUCAAGUUGCAGACACCCCAGGGCAAACGAAAGGUGACCAACACCCCUGAAACCCUACGGAAGCCCUCCCAGCCUCCUCCGCGGCCCCCUCCAGACUAUCUGCACGGCGGGUCCCCACCUACACCAUUGCCAGCACAUCUCAGCAGGGCUACUAGGGACUCACCAGGGGCCAGAUCCCAAGUUGAGAGAAAGGAGUCAUCCAGGAGGCCUCCCCCAAGUCGUCCAGUGCCCCCUGCACCAAAUUGCAUCCUCUCUAAGGAUUUCUCCAGGCCUCGACCGCCCCAGAAGGCCCUCCCAGCGAACCCAGUGCCAGGCCGCAGGAACCUCCCCAGGCCAGGAGGCACCUCCACGCUGCGGCCCUCUGCUGCUGGCCUUCAGCCUCCCCGGCCUCUGGCAGCACCUGUCCCUAAGUUUCCUGAAUACAGAUCACAGAGGGCUGGGUGGAUAACUAGCUCAAAAAUCUAGACCCAUCUAAGGGGUUCUCCCUUUCCUUGAGGACUCCAGACACCACAGAAGAUCUAUGGCCAUGGAAUCUGGAAGAAGCAUGUCUGGCCACUUCUGAGCUCCUCCUGCCCUCCUCCUGGAACCACCACAUCUCCAAAAAUCCCCUUCUUGACUCAGAACCUCCUUGUUCUUCCUCGGUGGCCCAAAAGGACUAUAAUCCAAUGGCUUCUAAGUGUUGUUCUGUGCAAUAUCCAGCCCCGGGGAGAGAGGGGAGAGCAGGGAGGAGGAUGAAUGGCAGCUUCUCCCUCCAGCCUCCCAGCCCAGAGGUGCAAGGAUGUCUGCGCCAGCCAGCCCAGCUGGGAAAAGUUCUGUUCAGCCCACCGGACCAGGCCUUAGCUUGGAGAAGCCAUCCAUCCACAUGCUGUAGUGGAGGGUAUGCAUGAGAGCUUUCUGUUGCUUCCGUCUCCCUCAAAGGUCCCAGGCUGGACAGAGGCUGGACCCUUGGCCAUCCCUUUUAGCUUUUAGAGAUCAAGGAAAGGUCAAGCCAGCCAUUCCUGUGGUCCUGCCCAGGGCUUGGUUGAGGUGACAGCUCCUGGCUAUGUGGCUGCAUGUGACGAGCCAAGUCCC